AUGGCAUCCAAUACAAUCCCACUGGGCCGUAGCGCGACGCGUUGUCAAAUCAGCCUAACUAUAUGCCGAGGACGACAGAACAUAAUGUCGGAUAUGUAUCUUGAAAGAGUUAGCGAUAAUGAGGAUGAGGAAGAUGAUUCAGUCGAAACUAAUUACAUGGUUCAAAAAGAUGCAGUUAUCCUUGCCAUUGAAGUCAGUGAAAGUAUGCUUUGGUCUGAGUUUGGAGAAGACAGUCAAACAAUUAUUGCUAUUAAGAGUGCAUGCCAAAUCAUGCAAAGUAUGACCAUAUCCUGUCCAAAGGACAAAAUAGGCGUAUUGUUGUUCGGCACUGAGAUAUCCAAGCCCCAGGAUAACAACGAAUACGAUCAAGGGAUUUUAGCUCAUCCUCAUUGCUAUCUUCUCAGUAACUUAGAUGUUCCAUCAGCCGAAAACCUCCAAGUGCUUCGAGCCCUGGCACGCGAUGAGAAUCAAGCACGCAAUAUUUUAGUCCCGAGUACGCAACCAGCACUUAUUGCGGACCUUUUUUAUCUAGCCAAUCAGAUAUUUACCAAAUAUGCUCAAAAAUAUGAGUCAAAACGUCUCUUUGUAAUCACCGAUGAAGAUAACCCUCAUGAAUUUGAUGAUAAAUCUAGGUCCUUAGCCACAGAAACGGCUAAAUGUCUUCAUGAUGCAAAAAUUAAGCUGGAAAUUCUACCAAUUUCAAAUCAGGGUCAUCAAUUUGACAGAUCAAAGUUUUAUGAUGAUGUUAUCUAUUAUGAGCCUAUGGAAGAUAUCGCAAGUACAGUCUUGGCCACGAAAUUUGAUGUAGAAGACAAGGGAAAUCCAGCCUCUCUUUUAGCAAAGUUAGUUUCAGAAAUAAGGUCAAACAAAGCGGAUAAGCAUAUCCUAUUUUUCAACUUGCCAUUCGAAAUUGGUUCUGGUCUAACAAUCUCUAUAAAGGGGUUUAACCUAAUUCAUCCCCAUAAAUUACCCAGAACUUGCUGGGUCUAUGAUAAUGGUGAACAGUUGCAUAUUCCAAAUGUUCAGGGCAACAUCUACACUGAUGAUGCUCGGGUAUCAGUUAGCAAGUCAGAUAUCAAGAUGGCUUAUAAUUUUGGUGGCUCACAAGUAUUUUUCUCAUCAAAAGAGCUCGAAACAAUCAAAUUCUUUGAAAAGCCAAUUCUACGUAUCAUUGGUUUUAAGCCCAUAAAAAUGCUUCCAUUCUGGGCAUCAAUAAGUAAAUCUAUAUUUAUCUACCCGACUGAGGAGGGGUAUAGAGGCUCUACGCGCAUUUUUUCGGCUCUAUGGAAAAAACUGUUAAGCAGCGAAAUCAUGGGGAUCGCUUGGUAUAUCCCAAAAAUCAACACCCCACCCUCUCUUGUAGCUAUCAUACCCUCUAAGGAGUUUCAUAGCAGUUCAAAAUCACAGAUAUUCUCAGCAGGUCUCUGGCUUUAUACUCUACCAUUUGCUGAUGAUAUUCGGAGCAUUCCAAACUUUUCGUCUACACCCAAAGCAUCUGAUUCUCUCAUUGAUAAAAUGCGUCGUGUUGUACAGCAGCUUCAACUUCCAGGGGGAAUAUAUGACCCCAUGAAAUACCCAAACCCCUCUCUCCAUUGGCACUACCAGAUUCUGCAAGCGAUGGCGUGUGGUGAUGACGUGAUGAAUUUGAAAAAAGUAGACAAAACAGAACCACGUAGUCGUCAAAUACAUCAGCGAAUAGGCCUGCAUGCUCAAGAUUGGGCUACUACCCUAGAGGAACAGUUUCAAAAAUUGCAACAGAACAGAUCUAAAAUACCUGAAGAGAACAAACGCAAAAGAGAAACUAACAGGGAACCAGUCACAUCACGAAAAAAGACGAAUAGAGUAACUAUUAGCUGA